AUGGAUUUUUCAGAAAAAAAUGUAACUAAAAAAUUAAGAAAUUAUCAUUCUAUCAUGGAUUCUGAAAGCACGUCGCAAAGCAAUGUGCCUCAAGAUCAACCAGUAAUAACUGGAAGCAUAGAUUUGCCGCCAUAUUUCCCGUUGAAUCAAAAUUUGGUAAAAGACUUCGAGAGAUGUGCUCGAUUGCAAACAAAAGUUGAUCAAACAAUAAAAGAAUCCAUAAAUAAUAUUUUAUCACAAACUCAAGAGUAUUUAAAGUUCGUGUUAGAUGAUGAGAACUUGACCAACAUGGACUUUGACUCGAAGUUCUUCAGCUACAAUCUAGCCACAUUGGAAGAAUUGCUCAAGUCACAGCAUGAAUCAGGUAUAUGGAAGAAAUCUGUAGAGGAGUCCAAGAUAAAAAUACGACUGCAACAACGCCAGGAAGUGGAACUAAAUCUUGAGUCGUUAGAAUAUUAUCAGAACCAAGUCGAUGACGUCCACUUUGGUGACUUGGUGAAGAAAGAGUAUGAAGAGUAUCGAGACAUCCAUCACCAAGAGACCUCGUUCCAAACGGUCCUCGCAACCAACGAUGCUUAUAAGUAUUUGAAAAACGUUACCUUCAUAUUACAGAACCCACAACAUCCUUUACCAGAAGAGGCUGAAGAUGACGAGUUGGAGGUUGCUGGAGGUAAGAUAUCUUUGAAAGAUCCAUUAUCGCUUAAUUAUUUCCACACCCCGUUGGUUUCAAAGAAGUGUGGCCAUAUAUUUGAAGAAGAUACUAUAACUGAUUACCUCAGUAAUCAUAAUAAAUGUCCCGUGGAUGGAUGUGGUGCAGUCUUGACUAGAAAUGAUCUAAAACCUGAUGAUAUUAUGACAUUGAGAGUCAAAGUCUACUUACUACAAAACAAGACAAAACGACCUCAGGCAAAUGUCGACAGGUUGUGA